AUGGACGUUCACUUUGUGGAUCGCGACGAUCGACGACAACCUCUAAACUACGAGUUGUUACAAGAUGUGCUUGGAGAUGGGUGUCAGUCAGACCUGGACAUAUCGGAUGAGGAGACAGAACCGGCUGUCAAUGCACCUCGACUACCAGAUGAUGAAGAUGAUAUACCCUCAGAGAUUCCACCUAGUAACCAUGACAGAGACAGUGACUCAGAUCAUGAUCAUGACUUUGACUCCCACCUGCAAACUCCCGCCACCUCGAAAUGCCUAAUAGUCAUCAGGCACAAAAAAUACCUAGAAUCUGGAAAGCUAUAA